AUGUCGACCGGCGUUCUUCCUUUGAUCCGCUCGGUAAAAUUGGUCCCAACCGAACCAGUUACCCCGCUCACCAUGCUCUUCAUCUCCUUCGCUGUGACAGGGGACUGGUUUCCUGCCGAACUCUUGCUCAGGAUCCACCCAGUUAUUAUCUGCGGCGACUUGCAUGAAGCUGGGCUCGUGGGUCAUCUCUCGCGUAGGAUUGUCGGAAGUAUCAGUGCUACGCUUCUGUCUCUCAUUGGAGAGUCUGGUUGCAUCCCGACGGACCCUCUCAUAAGAGCUGCCGCGCUCCUCCUCCACAAUAUUGCAGCUGAUCUCGGUCCGGGAAAAGGAGUCACCAGGUCUUUCAAUGACGCCGUUCAAGCCAGGAUUGAGGAACUGUUUCGCGCAGUUCCCCGGGUCGACGAAUUUUCCGUCCCGCUUUACGCCGUCCGCUGUGGUCUUGUGUACGGUGCUGUGGCAGUGCAAGAAUACAAGGCCUAUCAAAAGAACGUCAAAUGGUGGAAGAGGGGCAGGAAAGUAGUUUCAGUCAUGCCUAAAGCCGUUGCGCUGGUCCCAGACGUGGCUGGAGUGAACACCAGCACGAUCGUUGGCCCUGCAGUCAAUGCAGCAGCAGCUGCUGCUGCUACCAGUGGUAUCGACCGCAAGAAGAAGCGCCUCAGCGAGGGAGUGUUUCACGUCGAGCACAAGUUCACGUCGCAAGUGCUCGAGGAGGCAGACCAGGGCCUCAUCGCGAGUUACGUUGGCAGCGCCCCCACCGAUCGCCACCGCAAUCCCAUCCCCGCGUAUCCCUCGGAGACAACGAACAUGUUCAAGCUUCUCGCAUGGCGGGUUUUCUACUUAACAAUUGAACAACAAGGGUUCGAGACGGCCGUGGAGAACUCGGCCCCUCGGUUGUCUGACCACAAGUGCACCCCUCGUCGCCCGCCGUCACCCAAAGUUUCGACCGACACGCAGAACCCUAAAGUACAGUAUUAUGUGGAUACUGCCUGA